GAAUAGUUGGUUUGCUACAAAGCACGAAAUAAGAAAAGUUGCUAUUGAAGAUAAAAAAAAAUAUCAACUAUUAAUACAAAGUUGUCAUUGUGUUGGAAGGAAAGACUUAACUAGAACAUAGCAGAGAGCUUCAUUACGGAAAAUCUUAUUCUAAAAAAAAAAUAAAACAUUGAUGAUAUUAAACUAAGUGCAUCCCAAUGAUAACUGAAACGAAAAUCUCGUCUUUUUGUUUUGGUGACAACAUAACAGGCAUUUUUCAUGAUAAAACAUCAAGAAAACCGAAUUAUUAGCAUUACCAUUUUCUGACGUGUAUUCGCUCAAUAAACGUUAAAAUCUAGUUAAAUCCAUUGCGAUUACUUGUGAACUGCUACUACUUAGCACUUUUUACUAAAUCUGAUCAAUUUUUGUCAAAGUGACAAAUAUAUACAGUACAUUUCGAAACCACAUUCAAAAAUAUGGAUAGUCUAAAAGAGAAUACCAGAAAGUGGCCAUAUUUCGCACCAUUUGAGGUAGUAGUUCACAAUACUUACGAUGAUUGCUGGGUAUCUUUUUUGGGUAAAGUAUUCGAUAUCACUCCAAUAAUAGAAAGACACAUGAAAGAAAAAUGUAUUCAAAGUCUAUUGGCAUUAGCGGGUAAAGAUAUUUCUUACUGGUUCGAUGAAUCAACAGGUGAUAUUCAAUAUUACGUCCAUCCCGAAACUGGAUGCUAUAUACCUUAUUGUCCACACGGACCUAUUCCUGAUGUAAGUUUAGAAGUUCCAGUUACUGAUUGGAAGCCAUUAGAUAGACCACCGUGGUGGAUGGAUGACCAAUAUCAAGUUGGGUUACUAACUAAGAGGGUAAGGCCUAUACGAAUCAUCAACAUGGUAUGCCCUUUCUAUAAAGAAGUACUAAUAAAUGUUUGUUGUGAAGAUACUUUCUACAGAAUCCAGGAGAGAUACAAUUUAUUUAAUAGUGAUGCAGAUAGCUAUACGUGGAGAUAUAUGGGAAAGAACUUAAAUAUGAACAAAACCAUGGAAGAAAAUAACAUUCCAGAUGAAAGGGACAAUUUCACAGACUUAGGAUUGCCUCAAAAUUAUUAUGUACCGAGUGUAUUUUUAUACUACAAUGAUGAUCUUAAAUACUAUGAUUUUGAUAAUGACGAAUGUGAACCCGUACCUUCAAAUGACGCAAUUGGUUGUCCUAGCAAUCGCUUUUAAAUAUAAAAUUAUUCAAAA